UUCACGGCGCCACAUAUCUAAUGGAAUUCAGAGCUUGUGGCGUCCAGACAGACAGACACGCUUGCGAAGGCAUUUUUGUGAGGCUCCUAGUCCAAAAUAUCCUAGCCUAACUUCUGACGAGUUAGUUUCGGUUGAAACAAUGUCCUUAUUAGUUCGCGUGAAAUUUUCAGUACGUCAAUAUUUAACUUGGAAUUUAAUAUCACAUUCGAAAUAACAAGAUAGUUUCCGUUUAGAUAAUUAGAGUUUUUAAUUGUGUUUUCGUAUUUAGUGAAUAGUUUCCGCGGAUUUAGUUGUUAAUUCGAAUUUUCCAUAAAUUGCUGAAAUGUGUCGCGAAAAUGCCUUAUGCAACUAGAUACCAAGUCCUGUUCGACAAUAAUUCCAAAGGAUUUUAUUAUAGUGGCGAUUUGGUAGAAGGCACAGCAAUUGUUGAAACGUGCGUUGGAAAAGUUAUACGAGGCACAUAUGUCACCCUGAUUGGAACAGCAAGAAUCAAGUUUGAAAAUAGUGAUUCGUGGGUAACACAUGACACGUACAGGAUAUUCGCUGCAACCAUUCCAGUAUUACAAAGAGAUGAUGACCGAUUUUUCGUCCUACCUCCUGGUACAUACCGAUAUAAAUUCGAAUAUCGUUUACCAGACAACAUUCCUUCAAGUUUCUAUGGAAAAUUUGGCUUCAUCAAUUACGCAGCAGUCAUAACACUCGACGAAAGCAAGCGGACAUAUAGUUUUAAGCAACCAUUUCGGGUUAUGAGGGCUAUCAACUAUAGUCGUGGUCAGGAAUUGAAACCCAUCAAAGCGCAACAAUCAAAGGAUAUCUCACCAUGGUAUUGUCUCACCAUUCAGCCCUUAAUGGUUACAGUAAAAUCUCCUUCAAUAGAUUUUAUGCCUGGACAAACAAUUUACACCUUAAUUAAAAUAGAAAAUCAUUCUUCACGUAAAAUUCGACAAAUAGAUAUUAAACUAACGAAAGUGAUCGAAUACUGCCGCAAACCGCAAAAGACUACCAGAAAAUAUGAAUUUAUAGAAAUUAAUAGCAAAACCAUUACAGCCGAUGAUCUUUCAGGGAAAACUUAUGUUCAAGGAAUUGAAGUGCCAAUUACACAACCAACAACUGUAGGUGAUAGCAAUUUUAUUAAUAUACGCUAUAAUAUUUACAUAACCGUCAAAGUGCCAGCUUGUAACAGAGAAAACAUUGAAUUCAUCAUUCCUGUAAUUAUAAGCUCUUAUAAGGGGAUCACACCGAGGUGCGGAAAGAAACUAGUAUUCGAUCAUCCUGAUAUUCAUACUAGUCAGCCCACGUCCUUAGAAUUGAAGAACUCUCAUUAUCAGAAACCCAUCUUUCCUGUUUAA